AUGGAGACACCCACACCAGCGACCUACUACUGGGUACAACGCCUUGGCCGUCGUCUCUACGGUCGGAAGAGCCAGCUGUUAGACUCUUGUCGGUCCCGCCAUUGUACCAGCACGCAAGAAGCACAUUAUCAACACCAUGCCUACCAUCGCGUUCCAUCACCACACGCACAAGAUCUACUACGCGUCAAGACCAACGGACAUGGCCAACUACAGUGCCGCGGAUGUGACCAGAUUACUUACCUCCUUCGCUGGGCAGAGGCUGAGCGGAGGAAGGACCCAAACCACAAGGGCAUCUCUCCCAAGCGCAUUGUCCACAACAGCUACGUCGAGCUCGAUCUGUGCGCAAGGAUUUCCAACUGCGACGCCUGCCAAAUUGUCCGCCGUGCUCUCCUAUUAGAUCAGAUCACCGGCCGGGAUGCUGAACGCUUACGACACACGGAUAACCAGUGGCCAGUCCAGGUAGCUCUAGACAUACGGCCUGGAGGCGACAGUCUCCAGGUUACCAUUGAGAAAGGAUCCGGGAUUCCUUUAUUUUCUGCAACGGUCGUCCUCAGUCAGAAGCCAUGCCUUGCUGUCGGAAAGAAGACCAAAGCACCUUCCGCAGCCUCCAGGCUUCGGCCCAACUUUGAAGAGCUACGUCAAGUCGUCAGCAACUGUCAUAACAACCACCAGUGCUCGUCUCGAUACCGUUGGAACAGCAGGAAUCCGUCGUGGCUGCUGGAGAUUCUAGGCGACGGAAACGUCCGAGUGGUCCCGGGUCCUGAUCAUUUGGUUCCCUAUGUCGUCCUCAGCUACUCUUGGGGAGAUCCCACCACAAUGCCGGCGGAAGAGUGGGCCAGGAUCAAGGGUGCCUCUACCAAAACAGUCAAUGGCGUGCCCGCACCAGAACGCACAAAUCCAUUUCCUCGAUCGAUUUUGCCAGAAACCAUGCAAGAUGCCAUCGCUAUCACCCAGGAACUGGAUUUCAAGUACAUUUGGAUCGACAAUGUAUGUAUCCCCAAAGGCACCGAUUGGGACACCGAGGCUUCCCUGAUGCACGAAGUCUACGGGAACGCCGCAUUUACCCUGCUGGCCUCUUCGAGCACAAAAGCAACCGAACCCAUGUUAUACGACCGUCUUGCGUGGCUACAAGAACCGAAGCCCUGUAAACUGCGGAACCACUUCCUCUAUAACACGCAAAAACCCCUCCACGAAGUCCGCCUCGACCCUCCAGCAUCGCAGCGUGCCUGGACCCUCCAAGAAGAGCGUCUUUCUCCCAGAAUUCUCUACUGGACCGGUCAACGCUGGUAUUGGUCCUGCCCCGAGCACCAAACCGUCGAGUCUUCGCCCCUUGACCUCCCUUCGCCUGCUUGUACCUCAGAGGACCAAUCAUGGAGUCCACCACAACGGUUCCUUGAUGUCUGUCGUAUUGGUGACUUCCAGAGCAUUGAUCAGGAAUGGCUCGAUAUUGUUGAAGCCUACACGCGGCGCGACCUCGCGCACUCUGCCGAUCGUUUCCUUGCCAUAUCGGGCCUGGCCGUCCGGUUUCUUGAAGCCAAGAUGGACGGAGGUGAUAAAACACGUGUCGGCGAGCAAUACUUGGCAGGGUUGUGGCGAGAAGAUCUAGCUAGACACUUGUCGUGGUCGGUUGCAAGCGCUGUGGAUUCAAAGGGGAGUCAUCAAGACGUUGCGCCAUCAUGGUCGUGGGCUUCAUUGCCGCUAUGCGUCAACACAAAAAUGAGACAUGCAUUUAGGCAGUCGCCACACUUUCAGUUCUUGGGAGUCCGUCAAUUCAGUUUUGACCACACCGCCGUAAUGCCAACCGCCACCCUUAACCAGCAAGUCAUCACCGACCCUCGCCUUCGCAGUAAGUUGGUUGAGCAACAAGGCCGCACUGUCAAGCAGAUCGAGAUAAAGGGUCGCUUCCGCCGCUUCAUUUCCGAAAGCUCGUGCGCCGUAUCGUGGGAAGCCAUCGAAUGGAAACGCGGUGAUCGCGUCGGCUUCAACUUUGAAGAGUUUCCCGGCCGCGAUCUACAUUCGAGGAACCACGAUGAUGGUCGCAUAGUCUCCAAAGACGCCCAUGGUGGGGAGGUGGUGGGGCAGCUGGAUUAUCUCGUUCCGCCUUCUGGCGCUUACUUGGCGAAUAAAAAGAGUGACAGUGUGGCUUUGGCAGACGGGGAGGAAACGGAGCUCAUGUGCCUUGAGCUCGGAGAGUUGGCGAUGUUGUUGCUUCAAAGAAAUCCCGGAUCCGCAGAUACUUGGAGGAGAGUAGGUGUUUGUAUUGGUUACGAACAGAGGAAAGGUUUCUUUUAUGGUUGUGAAAGUAAGACACUUAUCCUGGCUUGA